ACGCAGGGUGCGUAUCACGAAAAAAUACAGGAGGUGAAGGACAGGGUUGACAAUGCGGUCGAUUUCCUUAUAACUUUGUUUAUGUGAGCGUUUUAGACAUCUUCCACACAUAGCAGGUCGCAUAACUUGUGCGUAUAGAUGCAUGCACGAUUUUGUCUUUUGACAGUUGCAGCUCUGAGGCAAUAAAAUCAUACGCGUGUAAGAAAUAUAGUCUCCAGGGCUGGAAAUACUUUUAAGGAUAUGGUGAUGUGAAUCCGUUUAGACAGUGUAUCAUUGCUGAAAUCGCUACAAUCUCCCGGCCGCCGAAGAGGAGGAGGAGAAGGAUGUUUUUUGGAUUUGUGCCUCCUCAAGAGAAGCAAGGCUUAUUCAAGAAGAAGGAUCAUGGUGGCUGUCAGAGGGAAGGAUUUGGGAUCUAAGCAGCUGAAGGAAGCCAAUGAGGAGAGCUACGCACUGGCCACGGCUGAGGACACAUGAGGAGAAGCGCUCAGGAGUCUACUCCGCUGGGGUUAAAGUGUGCAGUGUGCACUACUUCCUGCCGCAGGUAGAGCUGUCACAGUGUGGUGUGGAGCUCUAGCUGUGUCAGAGGCUUGCCGUGUCCUUGCCUCACUGCUGCAAGAGCUGCUCGGCUGGAUAACGCAAUCGUUCUCACGCGCACACGCAGAGGAAUCCAGAUCCCACCUUCGCCAUGGAGAAGUGCUGUUCUGAGUGUUCAGAGCCCAGGAUGGCUCAGAGCUUGUGCACCUUCUGCAACAAGUGGCUGUGUUUCCAGUGCACAGACCUGCAUCAGCACGAGAGAAGCUCCAGUCAACCGUUCGACCUACAGCACCAGCCGCGAGACCCUCCAUCACCAUCUGAAAUAGGAGCUGGUUGCUGCGGGCAUGCAGUGGUCAUGUGUUCCCUCCACAAACAGGAGCCUCUGGAACUCCUGUGUGAAACGUGCGACCUCAUGGCCUGUAGCAUCUGUCACCUGUCCGCCCACAAAGACCAUCGACUGGUGCAUGUUGGGAAAGCUCUGCAAGACCAGCGCUGGCUCCUGCAGAACCUCAUGGCCCGAGUGGAGGAAAAGAGAUCUGCUGUGGAGAGCAGCGCUAAACAGAUCCAGGGCAGGCUCCAUGGUAUAAAGAUCACGCAGAGGAAGGCAGAGAACCAGAUAAAAAUGGCUAAGAUGAUUAUGAUGAACGAGCUUAACAAAAGGGCCAACCUAUUAAUAGAACAACUGGAGAGUAUCUCCAGCGAUUUCAAGCAACGACUGGAGGACCAGCUGCAGGGGGCCAUAGAGCUGUGCAGCCAGCUGGAACGCGUUCAGAACUUCAUUACCUGGGCUACAGCCCACCACAGACGCAAUCCACUGCUAUUCAGCAAAGAGCUGAUUGCUCUUCAGAUGCAGCAAUUACUGGAACCACUGAUGCUCUCAGAGGCUUGGACCCAGUUGAAAAUCAAGUUUAACUGGGAUGCCAGCUUCUGGACCAAGCAGAUGUCCACUUUAGGUCAGCUGGUUGUUGAUGGUGGAAGUCGUUCAUACUCAGAGGUUGUGGGUCAUCCCAGUAUCCUGCGACCCCAGCCUGUCCCAUGCAUAGCAAUACCUCCUCUGUGCCAUGCAGUGCAUGACCCUGGCUGCGCCUGCCAGACCUUCUGCCAGCCCCAGCUCUGCUGCCUUCACUGCAGACCUACUCAGUCCAUCUCUUUGGAUAAAUUCCCUGCUCAAUGUCCUCAGGCCACCAGGCGGAGCUCCCCGCCGUCCCUUCACAGCUGCUGGGAGGCUGAUGCAUCUGUCCCAGGGCAUCCACCAGGAGCUCAGCCUAUACAGCCGUCCACCUCACACCCUGGAUCUGAGCUUGUCCAGCAUGGAGUCAGCUCAGCUUCACCUAGGCAGCCAGUCGGAUCCAACAACCAUCCGCUCCCUGCUAAUUCCAACCAAGCUGCCAUGGAUGGCAGAAACUCUGCACCAGGCCAGGCUCCCUGUGAAAGAGAGCAAACAUCUGCACAUGAAGCAACCACAGGGCAAGAAGCAUCACCAGACAGAGAGCUGCUGCAGGUCCACAAUCAGGCUCAAGUGCAGAUGAAUACAGAAACCAGCAACCAGCCUAUGAUUGAACUGCAGCCUAUCAUUGCUCGCAUCAGUGACGACAGGAGAUCCUCAGCGCUGGAGACAUUCACGCUGGCUCAAGGCCGAGGAUGUAAAGGCCAGAGCCGUUCCGGUUCAAAGAGGGCUUCCAGGUCUCAGAGCACCUCAAAAGGACCCAGAGGACCUCGUAAAAGUCUGUGUAAAGCCAGGAUGAACAGGGCUGCUCAUAGCCUGGCAACAGUGGCAGGGGACCAGGGAUGUACAACACAGCAGCAGGUCUGUGCACAACCCGAUGCUUCUGAGAUGAUCCCAGGACACACUGCAUCCUCUCUGACCACCUACAAGUCUGAACCAGAUAACGUUUAUGCAUAUGCCUAUGAAAACAGAAAACAGAAAACCAGAAAGAAGAAAAGAUUUUCUCGAGAGGAUCCGGAUAGCAGUGACAAAGAAGCCUCCGAUGGUUCGAAGGUUCCAGUUGUGUGUCUUGAGCGACUCAAGAUCCUAGUGUCACGACAUCCUCCGCAGAACCAUCAGGGCACAGACCUUACUUCUCAAACUGAGCCUGGACUCAAACCUGAAGAAACUGUCUACAGGGUGCUAGAGAGAAAGGUCACUUCUCAGGGAACUUUGGAUAAGGAGUCAGUUCAGACAGAGGACAGCGUGUCACCCACAGAGCAGCUAUCACCAGAGUCAUCUGGCUCCCUUGAGGUUUCUCAGCCUCCUGUGCAAGAAUUUUGCAACAUAACCCAAGAGUCCGGGGUACUAGCCAUCUCCAAUGAUUCAGAUCCAGUCUUACAACCUGACACUGAAGAAAUAGACUCCCCAUCUGAACUCAGAUCAGUGACAGGUUAUGAUUUCCAAACUGAAUCCAUAAGAGAGGCCGAACUGGGCUCGGAUGCAGACGUGGAAUCGGAGCUCCUGCAGGAUUCAGAUCCGAGCUCCCAAUCUGAACUGCAGGUCGAAUUUGAAUCGGAUGUGAUUUCGGAGCAGCCUUCUGAAUCGGCGCUCUCAGCUUCUGAACAAGAAUUUGAAUCGGAUCCAGAUUCCACAGCCGAAGUGACUCUGAAUCUUGAACCGGAGUCUGAAUGGGAAGCCGAGCAGCCGGUUCUCCCACCUGUCUCCGGCUCUGAGACUGUAUCAGAACCUGCAGCUGAAAGCCCUGAGAUAGAGAAUGAGGACUUCUGUGCAGUCUGUCUCAUCGGAGGAGACCUUCUCUGCUGUGACCGUUGCCCCAAGGUCUUUCACCUGUCAUGCCAUGUCCCCCCUCUCCAUAGUUUCCCCAUAGGCGACUGGAUUUGCACCCUGUGCAGGGAUGUGGAGCAGCCAGAGGUGGAAUAUGACUGUGAGAGUGACCAGAUGUCCACAGCUUUGCUGGCAUAUGGGCUGUCGGCGUGUGACCAGAGGAAAUGCGAGAAGCUGACGCUGCUGAUCCUCAGCAACAUUCUCAGCGCCCCGUUCCACGAGCCUGUCAGCCCUCUGGCCCGUCAUUAUUAUCAGAUCAUCAAGAAACCCAUGGAUUUGUCUGUCAUUCGGAACAGGCUCAGCAGAACCGGCAACACACACUAUCGUUCCCCGCAAGAGUUUGUGGCUGAUGUCCUGCUCAUGUUCAAAAACUGUGCCAAGUUCAACUACCCGGACUCAGAGGUGGCUCAGGCAGGCCAUAGUCUACAGUCCUUUUUUACAUCCAAACUGAGGGAGGUUUUCCCAGAUCUGACCUGCCCUGUCCAGGAGGAGGAGGACUCAGACAAUGAGGAUCAUGAGGAGCUGCAGAGAGCCAUGGUGACUGGAUUUCCCUGGCCAGAGAGAAAAGAGCAGAGCCACAGGAAGAGGAAGAGAAGGCACUCCCUCAACUGGAGGAGAAAUCACUAUUAGAUGUGCCUCUCUCUCUCUCUCUCUCUCUCUCUCUCUCUCUAUAUAUAUAUAUAUACAUGUACAGAGACAUUUGACCAACUUGCUCUUAGUUUUCCAUCCUGGUUGACUUGCUUUUGUAAGAUUCAUGUUGAAAUACAGUACAUGCUUUUUCUGAGGACUAAUCUCACACAUUAUAUCCUGUUAAUGUGUUAUGCUGUUAUCUGUAGCUGUGGGUAGGUGUUGAUAUAAGCCUAUAUCUCCAGAUUUCGCCUAAGGUCUUGCACUAGUAUUUAUUCCAGCGCUUAUACUUACAUGAAAUUGUACAAUCAAUUUGAUAGCUGACUGGUUGCUGGCAACUGCUAUUUAGUAAAUAUAUAGAUAAGCAACAUUCACUGGUAAUAUUAUACAAUAUAAUUGCUCUAAAUUUCCUUCCUCUUUUUAUCCAAAUAUCCCUUGUAAUGAGGUACUUUUUGAGGUACUGUUUUACUGUGAUGAUUUUAUUGACCUGUAGAGGGAGCACUUCAUAUAGCCCGUGGCAACACAUUAGUUCAUAUUGGACUUUUUCAGCAGCAGGAGGAUGUGCGUAAUGUGACUGAAACCCACAAACCCUUUUUAGAAUUAAAGAGGGAUAAUAUUAGGCUGUUGCUACACAACUGUGAUGUUUUAAAUGAAUCUUUUAAUUGCGCAUUGACUAAUGAGACAAAAUAAGUCUCUUUUCACAGAUGUAUGGAACACUUUUUAGUCCAGCAUGUUCCUCCAUGUGGUUCACGAACAGGUUUGAUAUUCGUAUGUCUUCUGAAUUUUGUAAUACUGGUCUUAAUUGCUGAAAUUGCUGUGCAGAUCAUGUUAGGUCGUCUAAUAAUGCUAUUAACUAUCUUUAGCUGGAUUGUAUUUAGUCUUAAAAUAUAUAUACUGUAUGGUGUAAAUAUGCAAUUCAUACUUUGAUGUUUCAUUCUGCUAUACAAACAACAUUGCUUCUCCCUAAUGUUUUCAUGUUUUCAAAUGCACCUUAUUUAAAUAUAAAGUCAGUUAUGGAUGAAAUGUUGCCGAUUUAACCUUUAAGACUUUGCAGAAUUUAAAUCCAAGCCUUACAUAUUGGUGCGCUGAAGUCACCAAAGAAAUAUCUGAGUGAUGUUUUUGUUUUUUGGCCUUUCUAGUAUUAUCACCAAUGGCCUGCCAAAAGUAAAUUUGAUCACAAAUGAAUCAUGCAAGUAAUUGCUUUUUCCAAAAACAACUGUUAACUUCUAGCUUUGAUUGAAAUGUGCAAAAUAGAGGUUAAAACUACAUCUGGAAUUUUUCAAUAUAAUUUGCUGUGUCAACAAA